AAAGAAAUAUGGUUCUGUAAACGUAAUAACCUUUAUUAUGAGUCAUGACUUCGCCUCCUUCCUUCCUUGCCUCCUUCCUUCCUUCUAUCCUCCCUCCCGCUCUCUUUAAUCCCAUAAUGCACCGCGCCGAGUCACUCAGAUCAUGGACCAAAGCGACAACGAUCUCCAAGGAAGUGAUGGCUCAGGGAGUCUGGGCGGCCCAGACGUCCGCAGGCGCAUCCCCAUCAAGCUCAUCUCCAAGCAGCCCCUGAGGAUCAAACCUCCACCCCGUGUGCAGAGACCAGGCAACAGGCCGCAGUUGAAGACCGAAACUGCAGAAAAAGAUGAUAACUUUGGUUUCAAGCAAGAGAAGCUUGACUGUGGGGGUAAAGCGGGAGAUGUGUUUGCUGCCCAGAGGAGAUACCCACAGCCGCUGUUUUGGGACUAUAAGUUGAAUCUAAUCGGCGAAAGGGAUGAAGUCCCAAUUCACUUCUGUGACAAAUGCGGGCUUCCCAUUCAGCUGUACGGACGCAUGAUUCCUUGCAAACAUGUCUUCUGCUACGAAUGUGCUUUGCUGCAUGAAAAGAAAGGAGAGAAGCUGUGCCCUGGUCUGACCAUGUACAGCUGCACAGACCAGGUGCAGCGCAUCGAGCAGUGCCAGCGGGGCUCGCUCUACAUGUGCAGCGUGGUGUCGGGCUGCAAGCGCACCUACCUGUCUCAGCGGGACCUCCAAGCCCAUGUCAACCACCGCCACUUGAGGUCGGCCAAGUCAUCAUCGGGCCGCCAGGAGCCCGUGCACCUGCCCCCGGCGUCCGACGUCCCCGAACGCUUCCGCGUGCCCCCGCCCCACAUCACCAAGAACCACGUGCACCUGUCCAACCCACACCCGCACGGCGGCCACGACCCAUAUGGGCAGCCGCCGCCCCCCGGCCCCCACGAGGGGCCCCCGGAGACCUACCGCAUCGCCACGGUGACCACGCGCAAACACAGCAAUCUCAUCACCGUGCCCAUCCAGGACGACUCGUCGUCUGGCCCCGGCCAGCCGCCCCACCACCGCCCCGGGGAGUAUCCCGGCCAGCCGCCCGUGGUACCGCACGCCCACCACAUGAUGGGGCCGCCACCCCCGCAGCAGCACUUCGGGCCGCCUCCCCCGCCACCACCUAUCAGUCACCCCAUGCAGCACCCUCCCCAGGGCUCCGGGACGCCCCACAUGGUGUACAACCCGGCCCCGCCGCCCCCCAUGACCUCGGCUCCGCCUCCGAUCACCCCGCCGCCAGGCCACAUGAUGGGCCAAAUGCCACCCUACAUGAACCACCCUCCCCCGGGACCUCCACCCCAACAUAGUGGACCCCCAGUAAACGCGCCCCCUCCUCAUCACUACAAUCCCAAUUCCAUGCAGCAGUUCUCUGAAGACCAGGGCACCCUGAGCCCACCGUUCAACCAACCGGGAGGUCUCAGUCCCGGAAUGUGGCCCGCUCCCAGGGGGCCGCCCCCUCCGCGGAUGCAGGGACCCCCGCCUGGGCCCGGGCCCCACCACCCGGACCAAGGCCGCUACCGACCUUAUUAUCAGUAAAUUGCCAUCUCAACAACUGGGCUGUAGGCUUGGAAAAUUUCCAUGGGAAUUGAAUUUGGGAAAUAUUCCAAAUGUGACUAUGAACUCAUGUCCAAGCGAAACACUUUUUCAUGAACAGACAUCCGUGCAAAAUAAGUGGCUCUCCUUGCCCAUGUGCAAGGGCAUUAAAGUCAAAAUUUGGCUUGCAACACAAAGCAAAAAAAAAAAAAGCCACAAGUAUUAUCAUUUACGUUCACGAUUUAGAGUCCCCCUUGAAUUUCAGAAUCCCCCCCCCCCCCCCCCCCCCAUGGAAAUAUUCCAACUUAAACGUCAAGAAAUUUGUAACCCGACUGGGCUGUACCACUUGUUUGAAAACAAAUGUGAUGGUAAACCUCAGGGUUGCAGUGUCUAAGUAGGUAUUUUGAUAAAACUGCCACUUGAGGGUUUGUGGUGCACAUUUUUAGUUAUUCGCUUUUCCGCUGAGCAGACAAUAGACUUGUGAAAGAGCAGAGCCCCCGCAACAACCCCCCCCUUUUUUUUUUUUAAACAAAAAAAAAUUUAAUGGUUUAAAGUAAUUUUUCUUUGUUGUAUGUCAGCUGACCCAUCUAUCCUGGUACUUUAUUUCAUCAAUGACGUUUUAACAUUCAAAUUCCAUCUGAUGUUGAUCUUCAGAAUUAAACUGUUUGACAAGGUUUUCAAAAUCA